UGCCGGGGACUGCGCCGCCCGCGCCGGGGUCCGCGCCGUGUGACAUUGCCACAUUCCCGGGUGCAAGUCAGCCAAUACAGCCAUUUCGGUUGCUUCAACUCUAAUGGAAAAGUAUGAAAAAUUAGCUAAGAUUGGAGAAGGCUCUUAUGGGGUUGUAUUCAAAUGCAGAAACAAAACCUCUGGACAAGUAGUGGCUAUUAAAAAAUUUGUGGAAUCUGAAGAUGAUCCUCUUGUUAAGAAAAUAGCACUAAGAGAAAUACGUAUGUUGAAGCAAUUAAAACACUCAAACCUUGUGAACCUCAUUGAGGUAUUCAGAAGAAAAAGGAAAAUGCAUCUAGUUUUUGAAUACUGUGAUCAUACUCUUUUGAAUGAGCUAGAAAGAAACCCAAAUGGAGUUGCUGAUGGAGUAAUCAAAAGUGUAUUAUGGCAAACACUUCAGGCCCUUAAUUUCUGUCAUAAACAUAAUUGUAUUCACCGAGAUGUAAAACCUGAAAAUAUUCUAAUAACUAAGCAAGGAGUAAUCAAGAUUUGUGACUUUGGGUUUGCACGAAUUCUGAUUCCAGGAGAUGCCUACACUGAUUACGUGGCUACAAGAUGGUACCGAGCUCCUGAACUUCUGGUGGGAGAUACUCAGUAUGGCUCCUCAGUCGACAUAUGGGCUACUGGUUGUGUUUUUGCAGAGCUCCUGACAGGCCAGCCGCUUUGGCCUGGAAAGUCAGAUGUGGACCAACUUUAUCUGAUAAUCAGAACACUGGGAAAACUAAUCCCAAGACAUCAGUCUAUCUUUAAAAGUAACCAAUUUUUCCAUGGCAUCAGUAUUCCUGAACCAGAAGACAUGGAAACUCUUGAAGAAAAGUUCUCAGAUGUUGAUCCUCUGGCUUUGAAUUUCAUGAAGGAGUGUCUGAAGAUGAAUCCAGAUGACAGAUUGACCUGCGCCCAACUCCUGGAGAACCCCUACUUUGACUCUUUCCGAGAGGACCAAAUGAAAAAAAAAGCACGUAAUGAAGGAAGAAACAGAAGACGCCAACAGAAUCAACUGUUGCCUCUCAUACCAGGAAGCCACAUCUCCCCCACACCUGAUGGAAGAAAACAAGUCCUCCAGUUAAAAUUUGAUCAUCUUCCAAACAUUUAAGAAAAUGUUCUUUCAAGUGGAAAGUAAUUUAAUAUGUACACAUUUUUGUACAAGAGAGAUAGGAAUUCUCAGUGUUUCAAAUGCAAAUGAGCCAUAUGAAAAUUAAGAUGCUUUCUAGAGUUGUUUUGCUCUGAUUGUUACUAAUUCCUCUUCCCAUGCGUUUUACAUGCCAACUUUAUCUCUUAGAACAUUUUCUUUAAAUGUUAUAAAGUCUGAAACUAUACAUAUGGAGGAGACAUUUUCACUUUCAUCAGAGCAGCCCCUGAAUGAGGCAAUUUGUAUUCAGGAUUUAUGGACUUAUACUUUGAUUUAUGGAGAAGAUUUACAUAUAGCAUCUUGCUUCAGCUGACCACAUAAUGUCUUAGAGCAAUAUCAAAUAUCUUGCCUGGCUGUUGUUUAUGUAAAAAUGACAUUGUAUUUCUGCAUUUUAAUUCACUCUUAUUGUAACCAGGUCUGUUAAGUAAUGCUGGCAUUCUAUUCUGUGCUUUUAUGUUGGUGUAGGAAGAAAACCUUGAAAUGUCAUCUAAGUUUACCCUUUGAUGCCAGGGCAGACUCUUUCUCUGUCUUGUGAGACGCUGACAAUUCUAUUUUUAAAGUUAGCUAGAGAAAAUACCAUAUAUAUUAAAAAGCAAAUAGAGAGUGAACUACAAGGAAUCACCUUCUUUGUGACAAUAACAUCUUAGGAUAAUUGAUUGCUGACUAAUAUGGUCCUUUGAGACCUCAUAAUUCUUUAUCCUUUUCUCCUGCUGGUUAACUCAUCUCAGUACCUAAACUAAUACUCUUGGAUGUGUUUUUGAAAUAGUUCAUUGUCAACACUCUUUUCCAAACAUUUGCAUCCAUAACCUCUGUGAACUUGUUCAGCUCUAAACAUGAUCAGAUUAGGUUGUAAGCACUUGCAAGCAGAGAGUUUUCUUUCAUACUAUCUUUAUGUCUCAUACAAAACAAAAGAGGCAAUAACAGCAAGCAAAACACCUCAGUGGGUGAAUUUUCAAUUUAUGUAGGGAUCUUAUACAUCUUGAAGCAUCAUGGUAGUUCUUUAUAUCCUGGACAUUUAAGAAUGAUGCAGAAUGUUUGAAAGUACUUUUAGUUUGCUAACAAGGAGCUCAUGUAAAAUAAUAGCCUGGGGCUGCCUAUCACUUUCUGGCAUAAAGGCACAAAAUAGUGAUGCUAUCAAUAAAAAUGAAGAAGUCUUCAUAAAUUCUUUUCUGUUCUUGGGCUACGUGAAUGCUGUCAGAUUUUGCAAAUCACAUAGUUGUUGGAAUUCCUUGUAUCUAAGACACUGAGCAUAAGUUGUUAUUACGAAAUCACAGUAACACCUUAUUGUCCAUCUCUAAAAGCUUAUUGAACUUAUAAACAUGGCUAUAUAUGCAAACUUCCUGCAAAUCUCAAUCAACUAUUUGGAAGCAUCUCUUUUAUUUUUCCCUUUUUAAAAUUUAUUAUUGUAGCCACUAGUUCUAAGAAAUUAUGACAUCUAAACAAUAGCUCCUUUCUCAAUGGACGGAUAUUUUAAGUAGUCUUGUUUAGCCACUUAAUAUUCAUGGUAUGAAUAUAAACUGCUAGAUUUUUCCUAUUUUCAUCUUAUUGUCAACAAUGUACUUCUUCAGAUUUCCAUGUUUCUUGCAUUUUUAAUAAGAUGAUACCACAGGUGCAAGGAAAAUGAGAAAUAAAUGA